AUGUCGGCAACACCAAGCCGACGGCCCUCAGCCCAUCCACAAUCAGCACAAUCACGCAGACGAAACGCAACCCACACCUCAGUCUCAGAGGCAGCACCUCUACCAGAAUACGAGACUCCUGUGGCCCCUCUCACAGCAGAAAGUCAGCGCCAAAUUGCCGCCCUCCUCGCAUCACAACACCUCCGCACCCUCCGCACCCACCUCCAGCAUGCCACCGAGAAACUCACACACUCAGGCGGGGAAGUAAAUGAGCGCCUUAGUGAUGCUAGGACUCGAUACGAGAAAAUGAAGGAAGCGCACCGACGUCAAGGCGACGAGGAUGUCGACGAUGAGAGCAACGAGGAGUACCAGCGGCUUGCUGAGGCAGAGACUCGAGUCAAUGCUAUUACUGCGCAGAUGGAGGAGAAGACUCGACUGAUCGUCGAUUCAGAAAUAAAGCUCCAGGGAUUGACAGAUGCGAUGGGUCAAAUUGAAAGAGAGGAGGGCGAGACCGUCGCUGCUGCUUUGGGAGUGAGACAGACCCGUCAACAGCGGGCAAGGCAGAGAGCCAAUGCUGACGAUGACGCCGAUGGGACCGAAGACCCCGCCGAUGGCGAUUAUGAAGAUGCCCAGGAGAGAGAGAUGCGCGAGCGCAAUGCACAGAACCCGCCUAGUCGCAAGCUUGUCGAUAAGUUGACGGAGGGCGUUCAGAAAUGGGAUGAGCUUUCUUUGACAGAGAGAUAUGCUAGCAAUAACUCCUACAUCGGAUUCUACCGCAUGGUCCACGACUCCAAAUUCCCCGGUGACGAUGUCCCACCACUGCCCCACUCAUCUACAUGGUUCGAGCACAUAGAAGACACGAAUACGCAAUCAGGGGCACCGGCACGUACACGCAACCAGAACCGUCGCGCGUCGCCGGCCGGCUCUGACGAUGACAUUGCCAUUGAGCGCGAGCGUAUCUCUCUCAAAUGCCCAUUGACUCUCACACCUUACCAGGAUCCCAUGACGAGCACCAAAUGUCCGCACAGUUUCGAGCGGGAGGCGAUUAUGGAUAUGAUCAAACGGAGCCCGACAACUAUUGCGCCCCCGGCAUCUCGUCGGGGACAGCGCCGCGUCCAUGUGGUCAAAUGUCCUGUUUGUUCUAUUCCGUUGACUGCAGAUGAUUUACGGCCAGAUCCCGUUCUACUACGACGUGUUCGCCGUGCUCAAGAGCUCCAGGAGCGCGAGGAAGAAGAUGAUCACCUUGAAGGGGAUGGCAGAAAGCAGAAGGAUCGAAGUACCGGUAUUACCUUGGGUAGUGACGUGGAAAGCGAUGAUGAUGCUAUGGAUGUUGAUGCCCCUCCUCCCUCACAGCGCAUCAAAAUGGAGCCGCUCAGUCAGGCUGCACGGGCCGCUCAAUCUGAGGAUGAGUCCAGCGAUGAUGCGGAGAGUCAAGAUGCUGAAGUUGAGGAUGUGGAGAAUGCAGAAGGGGAGAGCCCAGAAGGGGAGGACGAGGAAGAGCAGAACGAUGAAGAACAAAAUGAAGAGGUGGGAAUGGAGGAACCGGACAAUGAAGAAAGUGAGAAUGAAGAGGUUGGGAUCGAUGGACUGACCAACGAAGAAGCAGAGAAUGAAGAUGUGGAGACCGAUGAGGGUGAGAUCGAGAAAGGGCAGAAUGAGGAAGAGCAGAACGAAGAGAUGGGGGUCGACGCACCGGAACCUGAAGGUCAGAAUGAAGAAGCCCAGAACGAAGCCGUUGACUCUCAAAGGGAUAUCCAACAAGUGGAUGUGCAGAGCGAGAAAGGGCAGAAUAAGGAUACCAGUGGCACUGAGGACACUGAGGACAGUGAGGACGGUGACAGUGAAGACACCGACAGUGAUAGUGAUAUUGAGCCCAAAAUCGAGACUGGGUCCGAGGAUGAGGAGGUUGAAAGCCAUGAGAGCGAUUGA